CUGCAGAUUGUCGGUGCUUCGUAAGGGGGGAAAUUGUUGGUGCUACGCCCACGAGAUGAACACGAUAACGCUAUAUGACGGUGCCGAAGUUCGUGGUUGCAAGUUCUCCAGCACUGAUUACCAAAGCGCCCCCAGUUCAAAGUGUGCGCGCGAUCGACGUCUCAAUCUACUCCCUGGCCGACCUUCUGUGUCGCCCGAUACGUUCUUAAUUAUGGCUAAUGCUAAUGGCAGUCGAUGGCUGGCCGGUCGUAGCGAAUAUGAUAUCAAUAGAAAAACGAGUUCGCCGGCCGUGACGACAGCCAGCGUUCUCUCAUUAAAUUCGGCAAAGUCGCCAAAAGCGCGGGCGGCACCUCGGGCCCAGGUUGAUUCGGUCACCGACGAACACGCGGAACCAGUUCCUCCAUCUGUUGCUGCUUUCGACCCGAAAUAUACGCUGUUUUUACUGAAGGCAGCAGAUGAUGCUAUCGAAAACCUGAUAUACAGUGCGGACACUUGGAGCUGAUCGAUAGUAGAAACACUUUUUUUUUAAGCCAGUUAACUACGCAUGUUAGACUACAAUUGACUGGCGCUCACAACCAAAGUCAGUCUGUUCAUCGAUCUUGUCCACUCGAGGCCAAU